AUGAAUUGCUGCCUCUUGACAGCAUCAGACAGCGAUCUGAGAAGUCGCCCGUUUAGAUUGUCAAGAGUGCGACUGUAUCGCGUGUUGACCGUGAGACAGAUGUUCCUAGGAGUGUUCGCGCCGCUCGGUGUUGAGCUGGUUAUUCUGCUCACACACGAUCACCGCCAGAACUACAAGCAGAACCACGAGAACGCUGACGAUCUCACGGACCUUACACGUACCACGCGCUCGCUGGGGCGACGGUACAAAGAGGUAGUAAGAAGGAGAAGGAGGCGGAGGCGGAGGAGGCGAGCGAGCAGGAAUCGCGAGGCUGCAGAAUUUCGCAGACGGCGCCUUUCUCGCACAAUCCCCCGACAAUCAGCCCUCCCGGCUCAUACAACACUCAGCCAGCGGUACUGA